AGGUGAGAAGCCUCUCACCUUCGCUUGAUGUUUCUGAGCGGAGGCUGGCGGGUGAUUUUGUCCGCCGGCCGUUAGGAGAGUUUCUCGCUACUUUUGGAGGAAUGCCUUCUCUCCCAGGACCGUCCGUUCAUCCAAAAACUUCUCGUUUUUUAACACUUUUGCGUCUUCCGUGCCCAGCUUACCUGCUCAGGUGCUUCCUGCAGCCUGCAGCUGGGGGCAGGUUUCCGUUCGGGUCCGCCUAGUGCCGCCUGUCACUUCUUGGUUGUGGACGACGCCUUUUAGUGUCUUGUCCCAUGAAGAUGUUCCGGGAAGUCGACGUGGUCAGCAAAUGUGACCACAGGUGAAAAGACACCUAACACGGAUCCUAGGAACGCAGACCUCGCAUUGAUCUGUAUUGAAGGUCGGGAGCUGUUCAGGAGACGUUCGGAAAUCCUUGCAGAUUCCUCAACUUUAAGACGGGAGAGUACCAGUACCUUUUUCAUAAAGUUGCUGUGUGGAUUAAAUGAAAACAAGUGAAGUGCAUAGAAUGGUGUCAGGCUCAUGUUAAGUGUUUCUGUCUCUACAGAAGUCUGAACUCAGUCUGAUAUUUUUCCUCUUAUGAGUAACCUAAUCUUUUCAACCAUCAUAUCCAUAACUUCAUUAGAAUACCUUGGUAUUGAACAUUCUGAGUCAAGUUUCUCUGGAGCAUGGGGAACCCUUUCAAAGAUGGUAUCAGUCCUGACAUAGAGAAUUGGAAUUAAAGAGGUAUGGAGAAGGAAGCAAGUCUUACAGAAAGUAUGAUUGUUUUUAAAAACAAAACCCAUGAGGUGUUUUCAGUCACUUUGGUGAGAAGGAUUAAAACAAAUUGAGCUGAAAGGAUAAAGCCUGAUUGUGAAUAUUAUAUGAGAAAUCUGAAGGCUGGAGAAAUCAAGUGACUUGCCUAAAGCAUUACUUGUAAUAGCCAAAUAAUGGAAGAAGCCCAAGCAUCCAUGGAUAGAUGAAGGAUAAACAGCAUAUGGGGUCACGGUAUACUGAAAGGCACUUGAUCAAGAGAAAUUUGGAGAAGCUGGAAAUCGUCAAGCUAUUGAGGCCACAAAGGGGGCAGAAAAGAUAGAGGAAAGAAAGUUUAUCAGAGUUUCUUCCUAAACCUCUUUGAAAUAACAGCAUAUUUUAAUCAGAGACUUCCCCUGGGCCACAGGCCACGAUGGAUGUGCACCUCGAUACUCCUGAGGGUCAGGAGAGCGCAAGCAACAGUGGCAAGGGAAGCAGCGGCACAGGAAACCAGCAAGAUGUUGCUAUGAGGACAGAUAGAUCCGAGAUGACUGAUGUGGAGUCUGUGGUCAACAAUUUUGCGUCCUCAGCCAGGACAGGCCGCCGGAACGCCGUGCCAGACAUCCAGGGCUCAGCUGGGACAGGCGGAUCCUCAGAGUUGCCCCUCAGCCUGGAGGCCCUCUCCGUGAAGGAAGAUGUAAAAAAGAAAAAUGAAGAAACAGCACAAAGUUGCUUGGAAAAGCCAAAGAAAGAAGAAAAAUGAAGGCUUGGAAACUAUCAAAAGUACUGAAUUUCUGUACACUGAAAGACUUAGUGGCUCUGCUUCCCUGAGAUGUUUGAUCUGGUGGUAACUAUGGUAACAUUGCAAUUCUAAGCAACAUGUGUAUAUUAGAUAAUUUUGUUGUGAAGCUACUCACUUGGAAUGCAUCCAUGAUGUACAAUGUAGGUUAUUAAAAGGCAUAUUAUUUCCAGAUUGCACCCAAAAAAAGGUUAAGAAUGUAUGUCACUUAAAUACAUAUCAUUAUCUAUAAACCCAACAAAAUCCACUGCUCUCUUUUUUGAAUUUACUUAGCCAGAUGUAUUUUUAAUUCCAUUUUUAUGGUAAUGGGUAAAUUAUUACUUGGUAAAUAUAAAGCAAACACCAUUCAUUUAAAACUUUAUGGAAUUUAUAGGACAUAGUGUUUUUUUGAUGAGAAGGAAUAAUAGUCCGAAAGACAUAGAGAAUAUUUGUUUUUAACCAAAAAUGUACCAUUUUCCCACCACCCUAAAGUGAUUUGGAAAAAUUGCAAAAGUUUGACAACCUAAAUAUCUCUAGUAUGUUUCUGCUUGAUGCAUUUUGCUUCUAGUCUAUGCAUACUGUGAUUUUUUUCAUGUGGACUCUUAGAACACAAAAUUUGUGACAAAUUGUUUAUAUGGAACAUGCCUAUUAAAUGAAUUUAGCUGUCUUCCUUAA